AUGGCCAGCGACACUCCCCUCCAUUUCUUCGACAUCAACUCAACCCUCCCAGGUCCCUCCAAAUCAUGGUCCCCAAACACCCUCAAGACCCGGAUCGCCCUGAACUACAAACGCAUCCCCUACACCCAAAGCUGGGUCUCCUACCCAGACAUUGCCCCUCUCCUCUCCAGCCUCGCCGUCCCCAAAUCCCCCACCCAAACCGCCUACACCCUCCCCGCCAUCACCCAUGACUCCGUGACCUCCAACCCCACCGGCACGCUGAUGGACUCGCUCGCCAUCGCCCACCAUCUCGAAGCCACCUUCCCCACGCCCCCGCUCUUCCCCUCCGGCGACGCAAGCUACGCCCUCGCCCUCGCCGUCCACAAGCUCAUCAGCAUCGCCUUCAGCACCGCCCGCCCGCUCAUUCUCCCCCCCGUCGCCGACUUCCUCGACCCGCGCGCCCAGGAGUACUUCGUCCGCACCCGCUCCGCCGCCUUCGGCCAGCCGCUGGCCGACGUGCGCCCGCGGGACCCGGAGCGCGUGCGCGCGCUCACCGCCGACACGCUGAAGGAUCUGGAGAUCGUGGUGCAGAUGCUCCGCGGGUGGGAGGGGAAGAAAAGCAACGGGCCCUUUUUCGAGGGCGAGACCGCCGGGUAUGCGGAUUUCAUUGUCGUGGCGUUUCUGGCGUGGGCGGAGCGCGCUGAUCAGGAGCUUUGGAGAGCCAUCUUGGGUCUGGGCGAGGGGGAACUGGAGAGGCUGUGGGAGGCGUGUCUGCCGUGGGUGAAUGGGCAGGGGGAGGAGAAGGAGUGGCCCAUUCCUCAGGUGUGA